CACAGGCCUGCUUCCUGUAGUCUGUGGAAACAGAGCAUGGCUGACUGUGGGGAUACUGGACGAUAACCGGGACAGCCAGGGCAUUCGGGGCAGGGCCAUGGUGCCAAGCCAGUUGUGGGGGAGACUGGAGAAACCACUUCUCUCCCUGAGUUGUGCCUCCCUACUCCUGGGCCUGGCUUUACUGAGCAUACGGCCAGACAUAGCCCCUGUUGCUUAUUUCUUUCUCACCUUGGCUGGCUUCUUCUUGUUUGCCUGCCUCCUGGCCUGUUUUCUGGAACGGGGGCUCCGAUCAAUGCCAACGGAGAGCCCAGAGGCCUCAAGCAAUGCACGGGACAAUGAAGCUUUUGAGGUGCCAACAUAUGAAGAGGCCGUGGUGGUGUUGGAAUCAGAGAGCCGCCCACAACAGCUGGAUCAACCACCCCCUUACAGCAGCGUUGUAACCCCCCCAGAACUUGAUGGAGGACAGCCUAGUCAAUCAGAGAGGCCCAGGACACACAGACUGGAAAGGCGAGUGGGCUCAGAGGGGGCUAUGACCCCAGAAGGAAGCCCUGGAAGAUCUCUAAUCAGCCUUCGGCUUCGGGGUCCACGGGUCGUGUCCACCGCUCCUGAUCUACAGAGCUUGAGGGCAACCCCCAAAACGGAGCCUCUUACUCCACCCCCUGCCUAUGAUGUCUGCUUUGCUCAUUCUGAUGAUGAUAAUGUUUUCUAUGAAAACAACUGGACAUUCCCCUAA